AUGGCAACUUUUGCAACCAUCGCCGCCGUUCAACCUUCCUCCGCCGUGAAAGGACUCGGCGGAAGCUCUCUCGCCGGAGCUAAGCUCUUCAUUAAGCCUUCUCGCCAAAGCUUCAAACCCAAAUCCACAAGAGCUGGUGCUGUGGUGGCUAAGUAUGGAGACAAAAGUGUAUACUUUGAUUUAGAAGAUUUGGGUAACACAACAGGACAAUGGGAUUUGUAUGGUUCUGAUGCUCCUUCUCCUUAUAACCCACUUCAGAGCAAGUUCUUUGAGACAUUUGCAGCUCCUUUUACAAAGAGAGGUUUGCUUCUCAAGUUUUUGAUUAUUGGAGGAGGAUCUUUGCUUACUUAUGUUAGUGCUUCUUCGACCGGUGAUGUUCUUCCUAUCAAGAGAGGUCCUCAAGAGCCACCUAAGCUCGGUCCUCGCGGCAAGCUGUAA